UGUUGCUGUGUUCCCACAGCGUGUUGUGUUUGGGGGAAGCUCUGAAGCGGAGACUCAGUCUGAGGUUAAAGAGCUGUAAGUGCUGCUUUAAGCUGCUUUCAGUCCUUAUAUGUCAGCGUAACUGACUGAUGAGUGUUUUUAAAUGUCUGUUAGAGCCUCACUGAUGGAGGUGCUGCUCGUCCUGCAGGGGUUUAGAGGAGGAGCUGCAGUAAAGUCGGUCCAGUCCCUGCUCCGGUCUUCAUGAACUGCCAGCAAAAGUCAACAGAGGCAAGAAAAGUUAAACAUUUCUGAUGUCAGAACUGAGCACUGCAGGCAGAAGAUGCUUCAUACAGACUGCUGUGUGUCUGGCGCUGCUGUGUGUUCUCCUGCUGACUGUCAUCACAGUGCUGUGGAUCAAGGUUACUGCACAGUCAGACCAGCUCGAGACCAGUUACACCAACCUGACUAUAGAGAGAGACCAGUUAAUGACCAAAAAUACUAACCUAACUGCAGAGAGAGACCAGUUACAGACCAGUUACACCAACCUGACUAUAGAGAGAGACCAGUUAAUGACCAAAAACACCAACCUGGCUACAGAGAGAGACCAGUUAAUGACCAAAAACACCAACCUGGCUACAGAGAGAGACCAGUUAAUGACCAAAAACACCAACCUGAUUUUAGAGAAAAAUCUGUUGGAGUCAAGGUACAAUGCAACAAUUAAAGUGGAUCAGCUUCAGAAGACAUUCUCUUCAGUGGUAGCGAAGGCCGUGCAGGAGGGUUGGAAGUUUUUCAAGAACAGUCUUUAUUACAUCUCUACUGGAGAGACGAACUGGCAUGAGAGCAGACAGGACUGCAGAGGAAGAGGAGCAGACCUGGUGAUCAUAAACAGCAGAGAAGAACAGUGAAGGCCGAGCAGGAGGGUUGGAAGUUUUUCAGCACCAGUGUUUAUUUCAUCUCUACUGCACAGAAGAGCUGGAGUGAGAGCAGACAGGACUGCAGAGGAAGAGGAGCAGACCUGGUGAUCAUAAACAGCAGAGAAGAACAUGAGUUCAUCUUUAGCAAUAUGGGCAGCAGUCGAGCUUGGAUUGGUCUGACCGACAGUGAAAGGGAGAGAGUCUGGAAAUGGGUGGACGGAUCAGCACUGACCACUGGGUAGGAAGCAGAUUAAGUGGCUAACUGAUUAAUCCCACCUUCUCAAGUACCAACUGUACCUUCUAGCUGAUAAAUAAAGGCAUGCUAACAGUGAGCACUGAUCAGAGACUGAUUCUGAUACUCUGGAUUUCAGGUUCUGGGGUGAAAGAGAACCAAAUGAUGAUAAUAAUAAUGAGGACUGUGUUGAGAUUGUGAAUUUGCCAAAUAAGAAGGGCUGGAAUGACAUGCCAUGUUCUACCCAAGAGCAGUGGAUCUGUG